AUGGAGUCUUGCAAUUGUAUCGAACCACAGUUGCCCCCAGAUGAAUUGCUGUCCAAGUAUCAAUAUAUUUCAGAUUUUUUUAUUGCUCUUGCUUAUUUCUCCAUCCCAUUGGAGCUCAUCUACUUCGUAAAGAAAUCCGCUGUGUUUCCAUACAGAUGGGUUCUUGUGCAGUUUGGUGCUUUUAUAGUCCUCUGCGGGGCUACUCAUCUUAUUAACUUAUGGACCUUCACCAUUCACUCCAGAACUGUUGCCAUUGUGAUGACAACGGCAAAAAUUUUGACGGCAGUAGUUUCUUGUGCAACUGCCCUCAUGCUUGUGCACAUUAUUCCUGAUCUUUUGAGUGUUAAAACUAGAGAAUUGUUUCUCAAAAACAAGGCUGCAGAGUUGGAUAGAGAAAUGGGUCUUAUCCGGACUCAGGAAGAGACAGGGAGGCAUGUCCGGAUGUUGACUCAUGAAAUCAGAAGCACUCUUGACCGGCACACUAUACUGAAGACCACUCUAGUUGAACUGGGUAGGACGUUAUCAUUGGAAGAAUGUGCCUUAUGGAUGCCAACACGUACUGGUUUGGAGCUCCAGCUUGCCUACACUCUAAGGCAGCAGAAUCCUGUUGGAUAUACUGUACCCAUCCAUCUGCCUGUAAUUAAUCAAGUAUUUAGUAGUAACCGGGCUGUGAAAAUUUCUCCCAAUUCGCCAGUGGCUAGACUAAGGCCUCUUGCUGGAAAGUACCCUGGAGAGGUGGUUGCUGUCCGGGUGCCACUCCUCCAUCUCUCUAAUUUUCAGAUUAAUGACUGGCCCGAGCUUUCAACCAAGCGCUAUGCUUUGAUGGUCUUAAUGCUACCCUCAGAUAGUGCAAGGCAGUGGCAUACCUAUGAGUUGGAGCUUGUUGAAGUAGUUGCCGAUCAGGUGGCUGUUGCUUUGUCACAUGCUGCGAUCCUAGAGGAGUCAAUGAGGGCAAGGGAUCUACUUAUGGAGCAGAAUGUUGCCCUUGAUCUUGCUAGGAGGGAGGCAGAAACAGCUAUUCGUGCCCGCAAUGAUUUCUUGGCUGUGAUGAACCAUGAGAUGAGAACUCCUAUGCAUGCAAUUAUAGCACUUUCCUCCUUGUUACAGGAAACUGAACUAACACCGGAGCAGCGGCUUAUGGUUGAGACAAUUUUGAAGAGUAGUAAUCUUUUGGCUACUCUAAUAAAUGAUGUGCUAGAUCUAUCGAGGCUUGAAGAUGGAAGCCUUCAACUUGAUCUUGGAAGUUUUAAUCUUCAUUCUGCUUUCAGAGAGGUUAUCAACUUGAUAAGGCCUAUUGCUUCUGUUAAAAAAUUGGUGGUUACCUUGCAUUUGGCUCCAGAUCUACCUGAAUAUGCCAGUGGCGAUGAAAAACGCCUUAUGCAAACCCUCCUUAAUGUUGUUGGUAACGCUGUCAAGUUUUCAAAAGAAGGGAGUAUCUCAAUAACUGCUUUUGUUGCAAAGGCGGAGUCUUUAAGAGAUCCUAGAGCUCCUGAUUUCUUUCCAGUACCUAGUGAUAAUCACUUCUUUUUGCGUGUACAGGUAAAAGAUACAGGUUCGGGAAUAAAUCCUCAAGAUUAUCCUAAGCUGUUUACCAAAUUUGCGCAAAGUCAGUCUUUGCCAACCAAAAAUUCUGGUGGCAGUGGACUUGGCCUUGCAAUUUGUAAGAGGUUUGUAAAUCUUAUGGAUGGACAUAUAUGGCUUGAAAGUGAGGGCUUGGGUAAAGGCUGCACUGCAAUCUUUAUGGUCAAGCUUGGGGUCACAGAGUGCUGUACUGAGUCUAAGCUGCCUGCUGCAACUAAUGCAUCAAUGAACCAUGCUCAAACUGCCUUUCCUGGACUCAAAGUUAUGGUGAUGGAUGACAACGGUGUUAGCAGAAUGGUAACUAAAGGACUUCUGGUGCACCUGGGAUGCAAUGUGACAACUGUGAGUUCAGGAGACGAGUGUUUGCGAUUGAUCUCCCAAGAUCACCAUGUGGUAUUCAUAGAUGUAUGCAUGUAUGAUGGCUAUGAGGUUGCUCUUCGUGUGCAUGAAAAGCUCACGAAGCGCCACGAGAGGCCUCUAACGGUGGCCCUGACUGCUAACUCGGAUAAAGCGACCAAGGAUCACUGUCGGAGAGUUGGCGUGAAUGGGGUUGUGCUAAAACCCGUCUCUGUUGAUAAAAUGAGGUCUGUUUUGUCUGACCUUCUGGAGCACCGGAAUUUGGUAUAA